GUGCGUAUCCCGGGUACUACGAAAACACGCCGGGUCGACCGCGUAUAUAAAGGCCCGCUGCACUCGAAAUGGAAUCAGUCUCCGACAUGUUGCGUCCAUUGCAUUUCGUGUUCUUCCUCCUCGCGGCGUUCCUCGCGUUCGCCGCCGCUGUGCAGAAUGAGGGCGACCCACAACCGGAAGCGAACGAUCUAGUAGCGGAUGCCUCGUACUGGGGAUACGGACGACCAUAUAGAUACUACGGUGGCUAUGGAGGAUACGGCGGAGGUUGGGGGGGAUACGGCAGAGGUUGGGGGGGAGGAUACGGAGGAUACGGUGGCUGGGGCGGCCGAGGCUGGGGUGGACGAGGAUUUGGCGGUUAUGGCGGAUAUUGGGGUUGACGUGAGCCCCGUAUUCCAUCCGCGUGAUACCUUAUGUUUAUCGCUAUCAAUGUGUAGCCUUUGGCUCUUCGUAUGAAUUUUCUCUAAGAUACGUGAAGCUGUUGGACAGCUUCAUUAGCUUCGUAAGUUUUCAUUGAAAUCUCUAUUGUACAAGAAUAAAGAAAAUGUGUGAAAGGAA